GCUGCCACCACUCCGCACAGCACAAUGCGCUGCUGUUGGCGACAGCCGAUUCGAAGUUCGCGGCGAUUGUCAGGCGGUGCUUGGCUGAGUAUUCGACGCCGAGCACACGCGUGGCUUGGCCCGCCAGCGGCGACCCGCCUCUACCGCGAUUCACAGCUAUUAGCACCGCAAUCAUUCGACAGUGUUGUUCUGCGAGAUCUGAGUGUUCUUCUCGACUUUCUCCUCUGUUUCUGAGCAGUUCGUAUUUGUUCCGAUCGCCAUAUCAGAACCGUUCGGUCACAUCUGGAUACUUGCUUCCUGUUUGCCUUCAACCGCAUUGGUUUGCUGGACUAGACGAUUGUCAGCAUGAGCGCCGCCGAUACCAAAGUCGCCGUAACCACCGAUGAGAACUGGAAAGCCGGGCUCGUUCUACCCGCCAAGGAUAAGCGCUUUAAAACCGCGGAUGUCACAGACACGAAAGGAGUUGAAUUUGAGGAUUUUUGCCUCAGUCGUGACUUACUUAUGGGCAUUUUCGAAAAAGGUUGGGAGAAGCCAAGUCCUAUUCAGGAGGCUUCCAUUGGCGUUGCACUCUCAGGUCAGGACAUUCUUGCACGUGCGAAGAAUGGAACUGGCAAAACUGGCGCCUAUUGCAUCCCGGUCAUUGAGAAGAUAAAUCCGGCUAUCAAGAAAAUUCAGGCGCUUGUCAUUGUGCCUACUAGAGAACUUGCUCUUCAGACGUCUCAGAUCUGUGUCGAACUUUCGAAACAUAUCAAACUGAAGAUUAUGGUAACCACUGGUGGUACCGAUCUUCGUGACGACAUAAUGCGCUUGAAUGGCGCAGUACAUAUGGUUAUAGCCACUCCGGGACGCAUUCUUGAUUUGAUGGAGAAAGGAGUGGCGGACAUGUCAAAUUGCAAGAUGCUCGUACUCGAUGAAGCUGACAAGCUUCUCAGUCAAGACUUCCAGGGCAUCCUCGAUCGCCUUAUUUCGUACCUGCCAAAGGAACGACAAAUCAUGCUUUACUCUGCUACCUUCCCAAUGACCGUGACCGAAUUUAUGCAGAAGCAUAUGAGAAAACCUUAUGAAAUCAACCUCAUGGAGGAGCUUACUCUCCUCGGUGUCACUCAGUAUUACGCGUAUGUACAGGAAAAACAAAAAGUGCACUGCCUUAAUACUUUGUUCCGCAAGCUCCAAAUCAAUCAGUCAAUUAUUUUCUGUAACUCUACUCAGCGUGUUGAGCUUCUAGCCAAGAAGAUUACUGAAAUAGGAUAUUCGUGCUAUUACAUACACUCCAAAAUGGCACAAAAUCAUAGAAACCGCGUCUUUCACGAUUUCCGCCAAGGAAAUUGCCGCAACUUGGUUUGCUCGGAUUUGCUCACUCGUGGUAUCGAUAUUCAAGCUGUAAAUGUGGUCAUCAAUUUUGAUUUCCCUCGUAACGCCGAAACCUACCUGCACAGAAUCGGCAGAUCGGGACGGUUUGGCCAUCUCGGAGUUGCCAUCAAUCUCAUCACUUACGAAGAUCGCCAUACUUUGCGUCGUAUCGAACAGGAGCUUCGAACACAAAUUGAGCCUAUCCCAAAGGCCGUCGAUCCGAAGCUCUACCGCAAGCAUCACUACUCUAUAGUGCUUCCAUCUGAUCUCGUUAUAUUCUCGAUGGCUGAGCCUUCUCUUUUCGCGAUACAACAUACCACGCGGCAAUACGUUCCAAAUUCUAUAGUGCUUUUGUGGAUCGCUCAGCGAGAAAUGAGCUCAUACAAUUUUCCUUUACUCGUGAAUCAAUGUAGAACAAUCCAACUUUGCUGCCUUGUACUGCAAGUAAUUCUGACCUACAUCAAUGUCGAGUAUAUGGGAAUGAUGACAUUCAUUUUUACCAUGGCAUUAUGCCUUUACAACUUGUAUGUGACUGGAAGGAGAAUGUACAACAAUAUCGAUGGACGUUUUGAUUUGCGUCAAAUAAUUAGAGAGAGCGACAAUCAACUGAAGCUCCUCUAUGCUUCUGAAGUCUUUACUCCGUUGGUCCUUGGCAUUCUCGUGUUUAUUAUUGUCCGGCUCCCAGGUGGAAUGGGAAGGUUUGUAUGGACGCUAGCAUGCUGUGGUCAGAUAGGAGCAGCUUUGCUACUUCUUGUAGUUGAAAUUCAAGAAGUUGUCAUCAAUGGAUAUUAGUUUA